GGCAAUUUUUGAUCUGAUUUGGGCCACUGAUCUGUCCAUAGUGUCCAGUCCUCCAAGAGAAACAAUUACUCGGCCUUUCGUAAUGCGACCAAGGGGGUAUAAGCAUGGUAAGAUUUGUUCCAUUUUCUUGAGACUGGUACCGAAAAUGGAUUUUGGCGCUAAAGAACGAAAUUCUUCGAUCUGCAAGCUCUAUUUUGAUAUACAGCUUGCCUUGGUUACUAUUGUUUUUCAUUCAUAUUUCUCGCUUUUAAAACUUGUGUUUUCCUUCGUUAAAGGAUUGUAACACCAUAAACCGAAUUAAAGGUUUUUUGAAGCAAAUUUUCAGAGAGAGAGAGACUUUGUGUUAUUGUUCUCUCUAGCCAAAAUAAAAGAAUAUGAUCUGAACUGUGUUUCUAUCGUUUCGGUUUGUUACCGGAGGCCGUAGAUUUUGAGCAAGGUCAGCUUUUGUCUACCUGUGUUUCGACUCUCCCGGAACACUCAAUGGGAAGCAAGAGCAGGAAGAAGCCAAGACGUUCAUCGAACGGUUCACAGUGUGAUCGCUUUCCCGUCGGGGAACUGGCCAGAAGGAGAGCUACUCUUAGAGAGGAAUAUUUGUCGAAGUCCAAAGAGAUUUCUGCCCUACAGAAACGAAUUCAGCGACUAAAAAAGAAAAAAGAGCAGGCACUAAAGACUAUAGAAGAAUUGGAAACAGACCUGGUGCCUUUACAGAGAACACCAACAUUUCAAGUGACUAUGAAUGCAUCCACCAUGAGAAAGAGAAGUCCUACUCAACUCACCAGUAAAGGAGUUUUGGAUUUACCAAGAAGAAGUGCCAGCAGAAGGCAGUUAGAGACUCUCACUGCUGCAAUAGAGAUUAAUGGAGGGUCUCCAGAGAGCAGGGCUCCUGCACUUGAUGGCAUGUUCGCGACUAUUUGUAAAUAUGGCAAGAUUGCCGAUAUAUCUAGGUAUGUUUGCUCAUCACAAAAAGUCAAAAAGGCCACUGUGGCCAAAAUAAAAAUGCACUGUGCAGAGUAUGAGAAAAGUGAGGAUAAUUUCAUCCGUUCCCUUUCACUGCUUUAUGCAGGUGGGGUUAUCAGUAAAAUUAAGUAUCAACAGACAAGGUCAUCUCUUGUAAUGAAAAAUACAGGGAGACAUACCAAAAAGGGUUUUCUGUCAAAGAGAAGACUUACAUAUGGGUGGGGUAUUCCAGUUCCUAAACCCCUUCCAUACAGUGUCCUAAUGAACAAAAUUGAAGAACUUGAUAUGGGAGAGGUUAUCUCACUAAGAGAAACUUUGUGUCAUAACUUACCUGUAGACCAAGAAGUUGAUGGGGUGUAUAGGAACUUGGAGAGUUUCCUACUCAUGCUCUGCAAAUUCUAUUUUGUGACUGAUGAAUACAGGAAAGAUAGUGACAAACUGACCUGGUUUGGUGAGAGGGAGGGAACAUUCAAGGUUGCCAUUGGGGGUGAUGGAGCUCCAUUUGGAAAGUGGGACCAAUCAAUGUCCUGGUUAAUUAGUUUUUUAAAUGUGGGACCGAGGGUGGCCUCUCCCAAUGACAAUUUCCUGUUGUUCGGUGCCAACUGUAAGGAGGAUCAUGAGGUGGUUGUUAGAUUCACAGAAAAGUUAGCAGCGGACAUCGAGGUAAUUGAGAAAAAAACCUACACAGUAAUGGGGAAGGAUGUUACCUUUACAUUUGACCUUAUUCCAGGGGAUAUGAAAUUCCUGGCCUUUAUCAAUGGGGAAUUAUCUAAUUCAGCAAAGUAUUUUUCCAGUUUUGCUAAUGUUUCUCAAAAUGAAAGUAAUUCCCUUACUGGCAGAUUUGGAGUAGAUCAGGAUUGUAAGUGGAGACCCUGGCAGUAUCGCGAAAGAAUUACUACUUCAAAGCAGGUUGUUGAAUUCAAAAGAAAACUCCCCACUCAUUUAGCUAAGAAAACAUUAAGGAGUAAAAUCACACAAUUUAUUGCUGGGAAAAAAUCCAGGCAAGAAUUUCAACCCUUUAUUGGGAAGCUCUGUGACAAAGAGGUUGUUGAACCACUCCACUUGAGGAACAAUGGGGUGCAGUAUUUACAUACAAUGCUGCUUGACGUUGCCAUUUCUUUCAGUAACCUUCCCAAUAAAUUAAACAGCCUUAGUGAACUCCCCCAAAACAGUGCAAUUUUCAGAUAUAUGAAGGCUAUGGAAAGUGAUGUCAAAGCAGGGAGAAUGAGAAAACAAUUAGGCAAGUGGCUUCUUGAAGACAGGGGUAAAGAUAAGGAUUUCACUUAUCGCUUAACUGGUAAAGAUUCACGGUUAAUCUUACAUGGGUUCAUGUAUUUAGUCAAAGCAAUUCAGGGUGACUCAACAGACCCAGAACUUCUACUGAAACUUUUGAAAAUUGUCUUUAUCGGUACUAAGCUCAGGGAUUGUGCUGCAAUUUUUUCAAUGUACCAUCUCACUGAACAAGAUCUUGCAAACCUUUCUCAGUUGUGCCAUGAUUAUUUCACUGCAGCUGCUUUGUUUGGUUCUUCAGUAUCAGGCACUGUAUGGAGUAUUGGACAUUUAGUCUAUGCUCACUCUAAGCUAAUGUUUGACAAGUAUGGUACAGGGUUGGGUAUCAACACAAUGCAGGGCAGGGAAGCUAAACAUGUGCAAAUCGCUAGCUUUGCCAGAAACAGCCAGUACAAACAACGUUGGUAUCAGGUUUUUAGACAUGACCACAUUAGCAAGUUAUGGCUUCCUGUCAAGCAACCCUCACUUUUAGCCUAUCAUCAGUCACAUGACACUCUUAUUCCUACUCGCAUUAGUAAGGAUCCCCAACAUUACUGCUAUUGUGGCUUGGAUAAAGAGGCUGACAGUGAACUUUGCUUAUUCUGUGGACAUGAACUCAUGCAGGAGAUUAAGAAAUCUGUAUGUGAUGGCAAACCAACACAAGAAUGUUUGAGGUACUCCAGAUGAAUUCAACAUGUAUUACUUCAAGAUACAGUCAUCCUGAGUAUCUUGUGCGAGGCUGUACCGUGUAGAGAUAACCGGGCUGUCCUUGAAGACUAAUAGUUAUAAUAAAUUGAGUUGAUCAAUUAUAUAACAUUUCUGAUUUUCCAGAAGGAUCAUCUUUUUUGAAGUUCAGUUGUGUAGCAAUGUAGGCUUUGUUUUCACUUGACAGAGUU